CCCCAACCCCCUCUGCGCUUUCACCUCGACGCGCCAUCGCGAUGUACCCUUCUAUAUUUAUAUACACACCACGCUCCUACUGAUCUACUCCCCGCGACCUCUGUAGCUUAAUCUGAGCGUGCUGUGGGGUAAGCAAACAUUGGGCUGCCACAGUCAUGUCGACCAGUACAGCACCGCCGCUCGUGAACGGGACCAGCGUGGUACCCCCCGAGGAUUGGCGAGAGGCCGAGUUCCUCCAGAAGCUGCUGCAUAUUCGCGAUGAGGUGUUCGCAGGCAAACAUCCGCGCAUUCGUCUCCCACCCAGAGUCCUAGAACAGGUUGCACCGCGUCCGCCGCAAACCGCCCCAACAGCGAGACUCACGAUCAACGGGACUCCCAACGGCACGUCUAACCAGCAGAUGUUCCCGCCGCGUCCCGAGACUUCCUUGUCACAAAUUCCUGCGCCAAACGAGUUUGUCUCGCCUGUCGCACAUACAUCGCGGCCUUUCUCUGCCAAGUCUGCAUCGUCAGGCAUCGAUCCAGUGUUGCUCACCAAGUCUGAUCAUCUCAUCAGGGCUGAACUUCAAUUGAAGCGCCAGCAGCUCGAACGGGCACUGAAGGAUCAGGUGGAUAAGCGUGGUCGUGCAAACGACGAAGAGCGAGAGGUGCUAGACGUGGAUGACCUGCUUGCCCAGGCCCACAGACUGGUGAAGCCAAUCUCUGGCCUGCGACCUCCCACUGCUGAUAGCGACGGAGAGUCUUUCGACAACUCAUACUACUCUAGCAAAGCUGACAGUUGGUCAUCGGAUGAGAUUGAACGCAAUCACAACUCGAAUACUGAUGUCGCAGAAUCACUCACACAGCAGGGCAAACGUGCUACCAAUGAGGUCCAACAGGUUGUGGCGCCUUUUCAGUCAGGCCCAGCCAGUCCUCCAGUGAUCGAUCUAGAUGACGAGCCCUACGAACCUGGCGAUGACAUUCUUGAGAUCUAUGAGCCUGAAGAUGCUGGUGCGAACGAAGAUCUAGAGGAGUCUGACUACUCACCUCCACCGGCCGACGCGGGUCCUAGUGAGCCUAGAAGGCAGCAUGGGCGUUAUAAUGGCGCGAACGGGUCCUCUCGACGCCAAAGCCCCAAGGGUCCAGUACCGCCGAUCCAAAAUAGUCGCAAGCGGAAGCGGGAGUGGAAGAAGGGCAACAACAGCAGCAACAACAAACAGCGCGCUGCACAGUCACCAGAACCAUACAUCAAGGAAGAGCCACAGUCACCUCCCACAUUCGCGGCGUAUUCGGAUCCGCCGUCCAGCAAGCGACGAGCCCUGCAACCUCUUCCUCAAGAGGUCGAGGUUGUCGACAGGGUACAACCCGUCUAUUAUCGUGACCCAGAGCCUGCUGCUCGACCAACCCGACGCUAUGAGGAGCCCUUAUCGCCAAGCAUUGCUCGUCUGCCUCAGCGACGUGAUGACCAGGAUCUGCGUCGCGUGGCAAGCGUUCAAUAUGCUCGUCGACCGUACUCACCGACUAGUACUGACCUGUAUGCUGCACCAUCCCCUCGCCAGAGCCGCGCAGCAUCAAAUGUGUAUGCAGAGCGUGCCAUCGAGCAGCCUGUCUACCGGGAAGCAUCUAUUCGACCGUCGGCAGCACCUCGAUACAUUCCAGACCACCCGCAAGAGAUGGAAUAUCUGCCUCGAGCCCAGUCACCUGACAACAUGCCCAUGGCUCCACCCCGUCGCAGCAUUGUGGUUGAUCAGUACGGCAAUCAGUACUACGCUGCUCCAGUGGAGACCAGGGCCUCCGUCGCCCCAUCUGCCAGAAGAAUCGAGAUGGACCCAUACUACGAACGUGCGAUGACCCGAGAACCAGUGCUCCGGGUACCUGCGCGUACAGAGCUGUACGAGGAAGGCGAUGUUCAGAGAAUGCCGCCACCGCCACGCCGUUAUGCUGAUGUCUCCGAAACUGAGUUGGUCGAUUCGCGCGCAUAUCGGCGAGAAGCCUCGCACCGCCCCUUGGAAGUUGAGUACCGACCACACGAAUUGAUGGAACGGCGGCCGACCGCCCAGUACGAGGAAAUGGGCCCUCCGCGUGAGUACCUACCGAGUCGAGCGUAUAGUGUUCGUCCGGAAGUCAUUCGGCGUGAGGUGCCAGAGGGGUACGUCCGUCACGAGAGUGUUCAGCCUGGCCAUGUCCGGGUAGCCGCGCCACGCUUGCGUGAAUUGAGUGUCAUUCGCCAUGAACCCUCAGACGAUCGCCAAUAUGCCUUUGCAACUCCCCAGAGACGUUAUGCAGAUGAGAGCGGCCUGGAGCGUCCCGUGGAGGUUGUACAAGAACGCUAUGCGACCGAAGCUCCUCGACGACCGACUUACCGCUACUAGUCAAUUCGUUUGGGAAGAGUGUCCAACUUCAGCGUUUUACCUACCCGCACCGUUCUGUGCGUGGCCGCGAGAUGAGCCUCGGGCAGUAACAAGAUAGGAAGGAUUGGUGGAUGGAUUGUAAUCAUUGGCAUUGUAGUAUUGAAAGGGGAGCAAGGACUAUUGAUUAGCAUACGAUUGCACAGUGUACCCGGUCUCGCGUAGGCCCAGACGACGCGGAUGUGUUGCUGUCAACACGGGAAAAUAUAUUGAUAUCAUGUCGAAAAUGGGCUUCGAAAUCGUGUAC